AUGUCGCAUUCAACCCCCAUGUUGAGUUCCGCUAUCUCCCGCCGCAAUCCGGAGGAUGAGUACGAGCUGAUCCACAAGAUCGGUUCCGGGACGUACGGCGAUGUGUACAAGGCGAAGAAGCUGCAGUCGAAUGAUCUCGCUGCGAUCAAAGUCAUCAAACUCGAGCAGGGCGAUGACAUCCAGAUCAUUCAGCAGGAGAUCCUGAUGAUGCGCGACUGUCGCCACUCGAACAUCAUCUCGUACUAUGGCUCGUACAUGCGCCACGACAAACUCUGGAUCUGCAUGGAGUACUGCGGCGGGGGAAGCCUUCAGGACAUCUACCAGGUCACUGGACCGUUGACCGAGCUGCAGAUCGCGUACAUGUGCCGAGAGACGCUACGCGGCCUCUCGUACCUGCACUCGAUGGGCAAGAUUCAUCGCGACAUCAAGGGCGCCAACAUCCUGCUCACCGAGCGGGGCGACGUGAAGCUGGCCGAUUUCGGUGUCAGCGCCCAAAUCACGGCCACCAUUAACAAGCGGAGAAGCUUCAUCGGCACACCCUACUGGAUGGCACCCGAGGUAGCGGCUGUCGAGCGGAAGGGUGGUUACAAUCAUCUGUGCGAUAUCUGGGCCUGUGGUAUCACUGCGAUCGAACUAGCCGAACUCCAACCACCUAUGUUCGAUCUUCAUCCGAUGCGGGCGCUCUUUUUGAUGUCGAAGAGCGGUUUCAAGCCACCCACACUGAAGGAGAAGGAACGGUGGAGUUCUAACUUUCACUCCUUUCUCAAGGUGGCCCUCACGAAGAAUCCCAAAAAGCGACCGACGGCCGAACGGUUGCUGCAGCAUGCCUUCUUCCAAUCGGACAUGUCCAUCCGAUUGCCGCAGGAGCUGCUGCAGAAGUAUCAUAGCCCGCACGCGAGCUACUACUACCAGGACACAGAGGAAGAAGGGGCCAUCGCGAACGGGCCGCAGAGAAUUACGAGUCGGAUGCAUUCCUCCAACUCUGUUUACCAUUGCAAACCCUUGGAGAAUGAACGUUCAUCUAGUCCAGAAACACUACCGAGUGAUAUGAGUCUAUUGCAUUAUAUAGACGAGGAGUUGAAGAUAAGGCGCACGCUACCGCUGCACGAUAAUUCCUUGUUGGCGUGUGCCGAUGCCAGCAAUGGACAGCAACAUCGCACAGGAAACGGUUCCGGUGCGAUCGGUGGUGGCGGUGGAAAUCACAUUCUUGACGAUGAAGACGAUCUUAUCGUGUCGGAUAGAAGCUACACGACGACAAGCAUGACGAUGGCAGAAGAUUACGACAAUAAUGGCCGCGAUGAUUCGACGUUGAGCUAUGAUGCGAUGGAUCAGCUAAGUGCAAAGCUCGAGCAACUAAAUGCGCAAAACGGAGCUACCGCCAUGGAUGAAUCGCAGGACCACGGUAACAGUAAUAGCGGUGGUAAGCGGCAUUCGAUGGACCAACUGAACGAACUAUUCAAGGGAAUCGACAAGUCUUCCAGGCAACGUAGUUUGAGCGACGGUGAUGGCAAUAGUGAAGGUGGCACUGGAUCGCAACCGGAUCUGCUGAACAAUACACCGCCGAUUCCCCCAAAGCGGCACCAUCGUAGCCGUCGACAUACUCCGCCGCGUCCGGUUUCGAACGGGUUGCCACCGACGCCGAAGGUCCACAUGGGUGCCUGCUUUUCCAAGGUGUUCAAUGACUGCCCGCUGCACAUUAACUGCACCGCGUCCUGGAUCCAUCCGGACACGCGCGAUCAGCAUCUGCUGAUUGGGGCGGACGAGGGCAUCUUCAAUCUAAACCUGAACGAGCUGCACGACGCGGCGAUCGAGCAGCUGUACCCGCGGCGCACCGUCUGGUUGUACGUAAUCAAGGACAUACUGAUGUCGCUGUCCGGCAAGACGACCCAGCUAUACCGGCACGAUCUGAUGGCGCUACAUUCCAAGCAGACGCACCGCUUCUCGAUGCACAUGAAGAAGAUCCCAGAGAAGCUCGUGCCGCGCAAGUUCGCACUCACGACCAAGGUGCCCGACACCAAAGGAUGCGUGCAGUGCUGUGUGACGCGCAAUCCCUACAACGGGUAUAAGUACCUGUGCGGCUCGAUGGCAACCGGGAUCUUUCUGAUGCAAUGGUACGAUCCGCUGAACAAGUUUAUGCUGUUAAAACAAUGCGAAUGGCCGUCCGGCAACAUCCAGUACUAUGGUGCGAAUUCGAACGUGUUCGAGAUGAUCAUCACACCCGAGCUCGAGUACCCGAUCGUGUGCGUGAAUGUGCGGAAAGGACCAAACGAUUCGUUGAAGCUGGAUUUGAUCAAUACCAAUAGCACACCCAGCUGGUUUAACGCGCCAGUGGAGGAAAUGGACGGCAUGGCGACGGUUAUUAACCGGCGGGAUACUCUUCGACCAAUAAAAGUGCAUCAGAUUGAAAAGGACGCAAUAUUAGUAUGUUACGAUCGGUUCGUGCAAAUCGUUGAUAUUCAGGGUUUCCCAAAGCAGAGCCGCAAGCUCAUCUCGCGCGUGGAAUUUAGUUUUGUAAUUGAAAGCAUAGUCUGUUUAACUGAUAGUGUACUAGCGUUUCAUAAGUACGGCGUGCAGGGUCGAUCGCUAAGGAAUGGAGAGAUUACACAGGAAAUAACCGAUACGAGCCGAAUCUAUGAGCUUAUCGGUAGUGACAACAAAGUGGUAAUGUUGCAGAGUCGCACUAUUCGGGCUGAUACCGCCGAGGGGGCGAAUGAUGUCGGACAUGAUCUGUAUAUAUUGGCUGGACAUGAAGCGAGCUACUGAACGGUGGUGUGACUGAUGAA